UAUAAAUGACAUUUGAAUUAAUAAAAGUAUUUAAUAUUCUCAUGGAUUCAAAUUCAAUGUAUUAUGCUCAUAAUCCAUUGUCUAUUACAUAGAAAAAGAGAGAAAGGGUCUCACCUCAAUGCAAUUCUGAUUCUGAAAGCCAAAGUACCCAAUAGUUGGAAAACCAGUGAAAGAAUGCCAGGGAAACCUGAAACUGAUGAAUGUGGAGUAAAGCAUAGUGAGCAUGUUUCCAUUUAUUCUCAUCACCCUUGGUGGCUUGAAAAUGCCUCCAAAUCAUCUUCACUUGAUCAGCUCAAUUGUUCAAUCAUGAAUUUAGAAGCCUUGGUUUCUCCUUCAGUCUCAGGUGGGGACGUUGCCAAGGAACACCGAAACAUCAAACAUUACCAAUCCUCAACUCCAUUUACCAUGGACAAACACCUUGAUCCAAAUUCGCAGACGGAACUCGUUGGUCAUUCAACUGUUUUAACAUCGCCGUAUUCACAUCCACAAUUCGGUCAAUUCUUGACUACUUACGGACAACCAGCUAUGAUGAACCCUCAGCUAUACCACAUGCAUCAUACUAGAGUGCUUUUGCCACUUGAAAUGGAAGAGGAACCUGUCUAUGUCAAUGCAAAGCAGUAUCAUGGUAUUUUGAGGCGAAGACAGUCGCGCGCCAAGGCCGAGCUUGAAAAGAAAGUUAUUAAAGUUAGAAAGCCGUAUCUUCACGAAUCCCGUCACCUACACGCUUUGAGAAGGGCGAGAGGGAACGGCGGUCGCUUUCUCAAUACAAAGAAGCUCGAACACGAUUCUAAUGCCGCGAUAGAAAAAGGAAACGAUACCGGUGCAAUGUUGGUUACCAACAAAGAGAAUCAAGGCUCGUCGAAUGCGUUACCGUCCGUGCAAAAAUUACAGGGCUUCGAUAUUGGUUACCAUGAUGGAAAUGGCUUUACAGGAGUAUGUCAUUCACAGGCAAAUGGUAAACAGGAGGGUGAUUUCUUUGGUAAAGAGAGGGACUCAAGUGGUGCUAUUAAAUGAACCUCCCUCAACUAUACAGCAAUAGGUGAAGAUGAAGGGAUUUGCCUCAUCCAACUUAUGAUGCUGUAAAUCAAUGGCAAUUCAUUCUUGGCUCAGUUACUUAGAUUAUAGUGGUGAGACCCUUUGACAUGGCAUGGUAUGGUACACUUCAUGCCUUGUUUGGUCUCCCCUUGCUUGUGUUUCUCUUUACAACUCCAUUUGUAAAAUGGGUGAAAGAAAUAAAAAAAAUCACUUUGGUUUGUGAAUUUUAUAAGGAUCAAUUGUGUAUGACAUAUACUCCACAAAAUAGUAAAGCUUUCAUUAAUCUUA